AUGUAGCCCACUAGCCUAUAAAUGAUGUGUAUCUGUUAGUAGACACACACGCACACACAGAGUUGGGACGUUCUAAGAUGUUCUCUAGUAAGCCCCAUGCUGUUUGUAUUCCAGGUCCUGCUCAAAGCCACAUAAAGGCUGUGCUUAAAUUGGCAAAACUCCUACACCGCAGAGGUUUUUAUAUAACCUUUGUCAACACAGAGUUCAAUCAGAAGCGGUUCCUCAAGUCGCUAGGACCCAAUUGUCAAGAUGGCUUCACUGAUUUUCAGUUUGAAACCAUUCCAGAUGGCCUUCCAGAUUCAAAGGAAGAUGCCGCUCAAGACCUCACUUUACUUUGCGACUCUGUCCGAAAAAAGUUCUUGGCUCCUUUCCGUGAUCUGCUCAUAAAACUAAAUAAUACUGAGACUAAUCCUCCAGUGACUUGCAUCGUUUCAGAUGGUUUCAUGUCCUUGUUCACCAUCAUAGCAGCUGAAGAAAUUGGAGUCCCUGUAGCACUCUUCUAUACUGUUUCUGCAUCCUCGUUCAUGGGAUUCACACAAUUUCGCACUUUGGUCCAGAAAGGUCUUGCUCCAUUAAAAGAUGACAGCUGGUUCACAAAUGGAUUUCUGGACCAAAAGAUAGAUUGGAUUCCAGGAAUGAAAGAUAUUCGUUUGAGGGAUCUCCCUAGCUUUUUCCAAACAACAAAUCCCAAUGACCCUUUGCUGAACUUCUGCCUGGAAGGCACGGAUAUCGUUCACAGAGCUUCUGCGGUUGUAUUACUUACUUUUGAUGCUUUGGAACAUGAUGUUUUGGAUGCUAUCUCUUCUAUGAUUGGUUGGCCACCUGUUUAUACAAUUGGCCCUAUCGAGUUACUUCUGAAUCAGAUUCCAGAUGAUCCUUUGGAGUCUGUGGGAUACAGUCUGCUGAAAGAAGAAAAUGAGUGCCUUGAAUGGUUGAAGGAUAGAGUGCCAAAUUCAGUUGUUUAUGUGAACUUUGGAAGCGUAGCGGUCUUGACACCAAAACAGCUUGUAGAGUUUGCUUGGGCACUUGCAAAUAGCAAAUUUCAUUUCUUGUGGGUAAUUAGGCCUGAUCUUGUUCUCGGAGAAUCAGCUAUUCUACCACCUGAAUUUGUUGCAGAAACCAAAGAAAGAGGUCUAAUAGCAACUUGGUGUCCACAAGAGGAACUGCUUCAUCAUCCUUCAGUCGGAGGGUUCCUUACACACUGCGGCUGGAAUUCGACAGUUGAGAGUCUGACAGCCGGAGUCCCGAUGCUUUGUUGGCCAGUCUUUGGUGACCAGCAAACAAACUGUUUCUAUACUUGUAGCAAAUGGGGCAUUGGGAUGGAGAUUAGCAACAAUGUCAAGAGAGACGAAGUAGAGAAGCUUCUUAGGGAUUUGGUGGAAGGAGAGAAGGGUAAGAAGAUGAAGAGUAAGGUCAUGGAGUGGAAGAAACUUGCGGAAGAAGCCACGGCUCCAGAGGGUUCUUCAUUCAAAAAUCUGGACAACCUAGUGAAUCAAGUUCUACUGCGGAAAUGCUGAAUGUUUCGGGGUAAAAUUGUUUGGCUAAAUGUUAUAUUUGUAUAAGAAUAAUGUUAUUCGAAGUAAUGUCUACUCCGCUUAGUAGAUUGAAAGGAUAUGAUGGAAUUGGUAUUUGGUAGUCUCAAGAAACUAGUCUUUUUCAAGUGUGUUUGGCUCAAGAUUUGGUUGUAUAGUUGUGCUGCGUUUAUUUGUUGGGCCAGAGUGUGACUGAUAACAGUGUAUUAACAUCUGCGGACGUAUCCAUUAACAAGAGUUCACAA